GGGGUUGAGAUUCAUAAAUGUUCUACACAUGCGCUAUUUUUUACUCAUUAUGCGACGCUGUUGGUAUUGAUUUUUGUUUAGUUGACGGACAGUGGUCUGGGUGGUCCACGUGGUCCUCAUGUAGCGUCACAUGUGGAAAUGGAAAACGGACUAAAAUACGCACAUGUACAAACCCGGCACCUACUAGUGGAGGAUUAAACUGUACAGGAAGUGACACACGCGUUACAGCUUGCAAGAAACAACCAUGCUCUGCUGUGUCCACAAGAACAACUACAGUCGUUUCACAAACAAGUACCAGACCGACAAGAACUACCACAAUGGACAGUAUGAAAGGUAAUGUAAAAUUAUGCCCGGAAAGAAUACAACAGCUGGCUGCUGGAUCAAGGGGGUGAACACUUAGCACAGUUUGGACAAAAUUGCUAUGAAAUUGUUAACUCAGGAGUAUCAUGGUCACACGCGGAGGCAAUUUGUAAAGGUCACGGUGGACACUUGUUACACAUAGCAAACCAACAAGAACAGGACUUUAUUUUUGAUUACCUAGUAAAGCAUCACACGCACACAGUAUGGUUGGGUUUGAAUGACAGACACCAUGAAGAGCAAUUUGAAUGGACGUC